AUGGCUGCCUCGGAGAUUGCGGAGGAGCGGUUGAGGGCGCUUCUAAGGUGCUCCACCCAACGCUUCAAAAUCUGUGAUUUCUCCGUCAGAAGCAUUGUUCCAUCGGAGCUGAGAAGUGGCACGGCUCCCUUAGUUGUAGGGCUGUAGAUCGCUUUAAGUGAUGCGGCUGUCCGGCGGUUCAUGCAGGCUUUGUGCAGCCUGCUUUUCAGCGAGCAAGAUGCUAAUGUCGACAUCGUUGUCGUCCAACCAGGUGAUGAGACCAAAAGACCCACUGCCACGGCAAGAAACAUCUGGAGUCGUUUACCGGAUCUGGUGCAGUUGCGGACAAAGCAACUACGUCGGAUAAACUGGAAGACUGCUCCGAACGCGAAUUGCCGAACACGCGGCAGCGGUACAAUGAAAUGACGCCAACUCUCAAGUCGCGACCCAUUCGACGAGACCCGGCCACACAUUCAAGUUCGAUGAAAUUCUCGCGAGAGGGGAUAAUCGCGUGAACCGCAAGUUGCUUGAGUCAUGGUUCACGGGACCUCAGUCUAUCAACAAGUGCAACGACAUUCCCACUCCAUAUUCCGUGCUGAGGCAUAGGCUGACUAAGAUAAUUGAUAAAUCGGGGAGCGCGCAAGCCGGUGAGUUAGAUGACCGAGCAAUCAUCACGCCAGCAUCUAACACGGGUGAUGAUUUUUCGGCGAUUAACAACUUUCAUGCCGGCCAUCAAACAAUUAGCGCACCAGCGGGCAGCCAUCCUUGAUGAAGGGGAGCGCGGUUAAUUGCUAUAGGUAUGCGGUAGCAUAGCGACUGCAUCCUAUAAAUACUACGAUUUCUUGUGCACGAGUCACCCUUUUCUGCCACUGUCUCUGAUGAUGGAUUCAAGUGAGAAUCCGAAACGUCAGGCGAAUAAAGCCCUUGUUCCAGCGAUCGCUUCUUCUUCUUCUUCUUCUUCUUCUUCUUCUUCUUCUUCUUCUUCUUCUGAUCAGUCCUGAUGUUGGCGACGUGCGCGAUCGAGGACGCCUAAAGAUGUCGAGUGGAUGACAGUCCGCAGUCGACACCACCGAUUCUCUGCAGUGGUGUUGUCGACCAAGGCCGGCAGUUCCUCUAGCUGCUGAGCUAACUGACUGCUGUAAUGCAAACGGUGAGCGGGCAAAUUCAACCUUUUGAUCUCCUGUGAGAUUGCAAUCGGUAACUUAUCUUUGAGAUGAGGCGAUGGCUGGUCCAUCAAUCGGCGUCGCAGAUCGCCUUAGUAGCCAGCACGUCCUGUUGACUCGCCUUCAGACGAGGACGUAGUCCAGCAGCUGCUGUUGCCGCGAUUAGAGAUGCAUCCAGGUCGCUUUCUUCCGCUUCGGGAGGCAGAAGGUGUUGGUCUGUAGGAGUCUGUGUCUUGUGUAAAUUCGCAGGAGGAGACCGUCGUCGUCGUCGUCGUCGUCGUCGUCGUCGUCGUCGUCGUCGUCGUCGUCGUCGUCGUCGUCGUCGUCGUCGCAACCGGUGAUUCCAUGGGGACCCAGCACUCCUCCAGGCAGCACAGGCGAUCCCAGGGGCUGUUGCCAAGGGCAGCCAGUUUGUCCGCCUUCGGCAGUCCCCAGAAGGGCGUGCAGGUCUUCGCCUCAUCAGAAUUGGUCAUUGUAGGUGCGUAGACACUGACGAUGGUGGCGAAUUUGGAUCCUCAAAGAGGCAGGCGCAUGGUCAUCAGUCGGUCGUUGCUUCCCCGCAGUAGGCCGAACAGUAGUCCCAUGAUGUCGUUACGGAUGGCAAAGACGACGCUCACGAAGCUGAUAUUUGGACCACUGAGUUUGACCCUUCCCCUAGUUUAUUAUUAGUGGCGCUGAACACCGACCACGCCGACACGUCCUUGAAAAAACGAAACUCGCAUGCCCGCUCAGUUCAACAGAUGGAAUUCCGCAUUCUUGGCUUCUGUUAAGCCAUAGGAUUUGGGGGCCCUUUCCCUUUUCUCCCAUUUCAAAAUAGAAGUGUUCUCUCUCUCUCUCUCUCACGUUUAGACGUACUCAUUCUCCGGCGUUUAUAAAGCUGGGGGUGUCAAAUGAUCGCACCUUCCUGUUUAUUCGUUCGCAGGUCUGGUCAGAUCGCCCAAUUCUGCUCUAACAUCCCAGUUUCUCCCCCUUCGGUGUAAUGAGGCUGAUCAGAUGACUCUGGAGGCCCUGGCUUUCCUCUUUUCCGUAAACAACGCCUUUGGCAUCUACUCGGAGUCUCCCUUUUUGCGUCCCGUCACCCUUCUGCGGCCUGUACGGUUCGCCUCCCCGGCCAAUGUCCUCCUUCAAUACCCCGAUCCCGAGAACAUGGUCCGUACGUUGCGGGAUCUGGCAGACCAGAAGGUAACUAGUAUCCCCCUGCUGGCCAUUCUCUCGGGUGCCAAGCCGAAUGCCGCCUCCCUGGGUUUCUACACUGGCUAUCUGACCUACAGUUUCACUCUCGAGCUCGACAACAAUACGAUGCGUAUUCUGAUGGAUCAGUCACGACGACCGCAUGAGUGGGUCUGCACUUCGUUCUUGUUUGUUUAUCUUCUAAUCAGCAUUGAGCGUCCUAUUUUUUUAUUGAUAAACGAAUUGCUUACCCAACGGAAUAGCUAUCCGAUUCUGAGGUCUGGAUUGGCGAUGUUGAGUCUCGCGUUAUUGUUUCAUUGAAUCUUACUAGUCUGCGGAAGACGUGGAAGGUGGUGGGAAUUGGUGUAUUCCCUGUGUCUUGUCUGUUUUUGUAUGUGGCGACAUUUUCAACCCUCUUCUGUGGAAGUCUGGGAAGGCCAGAAGUUGCCAGUUAAUUGCCCUUGACCAGGACUGAUAGGCAAACAUGUCUUGAUGCAAGUGAGUAACAGGUAGAAUUGAUUGAAAAUUAAAAGCACCGUGGGCAGUCAGUUAGGCAAUGUCAGACGGGUUCGUACGUUUAUUAGGCAGGAGUUUGGAUAGAGUCAUGAGAAGGGUCUGCAGAUGAAAUUGGUUUGAAAUUCGUAGGGCCAGUUAACAUGAGGUCACAUUUUUAGGUUUGAGUGCUGACACAGUGUAGGAUGUAUUCAUCUUUAAAACAGCACCCGAUCUCUGGUGAAGGAUGUUGUGUAUUGAAGAAGGAGACACGAUCGCCGGGACAAGAGCUUUAUUAGCCUGACGUUUCGGAUUCCUACUCGAAUCCAUCAUCAGAGACAAAAGAGCAGAAUCGGGUUGUGUAUGUUGUUGUGUAACGUCACACUUGACUUUAAAAGUUUCGUCUGUUGGGAGGUUUUCAUUAAAACUAUCGCAGCUCUCAAAUAACAUUUCGGAAUAUUGUUGGUCUUUCUGCGUGUUUUUAAAAUCGCUGAAACGAUUACAUAUGGCUCUUCCAAUCCAAUUUAGACCUACUGAAUAAGAGAAGGUUCUCUUGACAGUCGUUUAGGCGAUGAGUCAAUUCAACCACUCGUGCUUUUAGUUAGACUCUAGUUAACUAACUCCCCGCCAGCCUAUCAAAUUUACCCCACUGCGCCCUUAUCCACUGCCCAUUCAAGUUGGCAUGGUUUCCCUUAGAUAGUUAAACUUGCCGCUUUCUGUGCACGCUUUGUUUUUGUGCUUCAGCCGCGUUGACAAGUACCGCCUCAUUCUUCGGUUGGCCUGGGCCACGGCCGGACUUUACAUGCCACGUGACAAGUCCAAUCCCUCUCGCGUUCUGGCUCCUGAAGUGCUACCUCGCUGUCUCUCCAUCCGAGUUGCUCGUCGCAAUGUCACCCUUCCCGAUCCCAUCUUUCAUGGCGGCCAGGCGCAGAAGUUUGGUCAUCGUCUUCGAUUUGCAAUUGAUAUCACUGACAAGGUUGUUUUACUGUUCCUUCGGGUCUACUGCAUGUCCUGGCUUGUUCAGUCUAAGCAUUCAAAAGAGGGAGAAGAAGAUGAUUUAAAUGGCCGGGGGAAUGCACUCUUUAGAUUUUUGAGGUCGCUCUCCAAUCUACCAACUCUAUUGUUUGCGUCCAGCUGGUACAGUUCGGUCAGUUGGUGGUUGGACAUCUGGAGGGGUGUCUGUGCAGUCAUCUGCCUAGCAUGCUCCCUUUUUCAAUGUCAGGCUGUUUUGCGGCGGCUGUGGGACUAAUCCAGCUCGACCGACUGAGUAUCAGUGCGGUAGAACAGGCAUACUGUUCACUCUCCAGUGAUGCAGUCUGGCAUGAAUUUGAAACUUGGGACAAAAUACACUUGACCUUUUCUUGUGAAUUGAUUGCUGGGGCACGAAUCCUAACUUCUUCGGAACAGAGGAGUUUAAAGGGCGAUUCCCAGACACCGUCAGUGAAGGAAAACAACUAAAGUCUGUCACGUGUGUCGCGCGAGUCCACACAGUUUUAUUAUCGACUGAUCUUUCUCGUACUUGCAGAUUGUAACGCGAUCAAACUACUCAGUCCGCGGUCGGGGUGUUGAAAUCGACCUAACCUGGUUGCACGCCCCUCUGGAGGACCACGCUCUGCCGCUGCUUGAAAUGGUCGGCUCCGGGUCCUGUACUCCCAUCCUCAAUCACUUACUCAACCUUCCCCUUAUUCAAGUCACUCUGGAUCGUGUGCAGCCCAUACCGGAGUUUGUGCGCAUGUUUUCGUUGGCCGUUGCUGGCGAACCAGUCACAGACCCUCCUACGGGUUGCAAGCUUCCUCGCUUGCCAUCGGAGACCCCAGAAGCUCUGGUUGGUGUUUACGACUUUUGUAUGUCUCCUGAUCGCGUGAUCGCGGCUUCUGAGACUUUAGUGAGUUCCUCUUCCACACCGGUUUAUGGUUUGUGAAUUGGAUGUCUACUAUCAAAACUCAUUUUGACCCAAUUAUGAAAAGCUCGGCGUCUCGGUAGGAUUCGAACACAUGACAGCAAGAGGAAGGCUUUAGUACAGCCAACACUGGCCACUGAGCUAGGAGGCCCUACGGGAAGCCGUGAGUUUAAUCUCAUUUGGGUCAAGUUACCCGCGCAACUUACUGUAACGUCUGGGAUCCAUCAAAUCUAAUAAAGUAAGAUGAUUGCCCAAGCAGGAUUUCCUAAGUUAUCCAGCUAUAAUGCACCAGAUGAAUACCAGGCUCACGUAAUUAAUAGUUUUUGGCAGAUUUUGAAUAAUUCAUUUUGAUCCAUUUGUUCAUUUUGACUUAUUAUGACCCAACUCUUGGGUCAAAAUGAGCGUGACCGUCUGGGUCGACUUCGUUGACGUCUAAAAAUAAGGCCUUGUAGCAGAAGUAAAGGCUCAUCCAGAAUUAGGAUCGAUAAUCAGUACAUUUCUUAUCAAAUAAAAAACGUUAUAUUGUAAGUUUUAUUGUCCUAAUUAUGCUCAUAAAGAACAUUGACGGAUGUAGGCAGAAUGGUAUUACCGACAAAGACAAGGGAGACUGGAAUGGCCAUUUCUGGCUUAUUAGCCGUCGUCAGCCAGCCAUACCCAAGCCCGAAGUGUGGAACACCCGAGCCUCGAACUCGCGACCUGUUGGUUUAGAAGUCAACGCCUCUACUCACCGGGCCACGAGCCCGUUGCCUUGUCGGUUUUCGAUCGGGAAUAUACAAUGUUAGGGGGCGCUCACCGAUCGUUCAUACGGAACUCACUCGUUCCGUUGUGCCUUAUGGACUCUCUCUCGAGCCCNAGUGAGUUCCGUAUGAACGAUCGGUGAGCGCCCCCUAACAUUGUAUAUUCCCGAUCGAAAACCGACAAGGCAACGGGCUCGUGGCCCGGUGAGUAGAGGCGUUGACUUCUAAACCAACAGGUCGCGAGUUCGAGGCUCGGGUGUUCCACACUUCGGGCUUGGGUAUGGCUGGCUGACGACGGCUAAUAAGCCAGAAAUGGCCAUUCCAGUCUCCCUUGUCUUUGUCGGUAAUACCAUUCUGCCUAUAUAUCAUGCGCCGCUGUGCGGCUGCUGGUUGGGCUCGAGAGAGAGCCCUUAAGGCACAACGGAACGAGUGAGUCCCGUAUGAACGAUCGGUGAGCGCCCCCUACCAUUGACGGAUGUUCCCUGUGAAUAGCCCCAAUGGGCACAUAUUAAUACGUUUUAGUGUACGACUAAUAAUCUCGUCGUAUUGCCUACUUGUGGACCGUUUUGGUCCGCCCUGCGUAUUUCUGGGCGUGGCCCCAUCACUAAUAAUAAUAAUAAGUUACUUGGAUAUCAGGAAAGAUCAGGAUUAGUCAAAAUCUGGUCUGCUUUCCUUUAAUGAAGCUGAGUUUAAAUGAAUCCUUCUGUAGUAAAUAGCCUUCCACGUCUUAAAUCAAUUUAAUAAACACAAAUAAGAACACCAAAUGUAUGACACACCACCCAUUCAAAUCUCGAUCACAUUUCAUGAGUUAGGCCACCUACUACAUAUCCGAGACCGAUCGAGCGCUGAAGUCAUUUGUCCUUUUUCUGAUUUUCCGGACUAGUACGCGAGUACGUAGUUGGAAGUGACUGUUGGAACAGAACAAAUGACAGGUUUAUGCUACUUUAACCAAUCAGCCACAAUUGCCGCGGACUUGGAGCCUCUACACGACCUUCCAGCUAGUGCGGCCGUAUAAGGUUAAGUUCUGCCAACUUCAGACAUUCGCCCCGUGACAUGUUAGCACCAUGGGAUUUUCUAUCUUAAAACCUGAAGCAGUUUGAUGCGAUCUUGAUCGAGUGAAGUUUACACUCCAAAGCAACUUCUCUGGCACCUGAUGCUAAUCUGUCAUUUUCGCUUAAUGACGCCUAGAAUAUUAACUCUAUUCCUCAUCACGGCGUAGAGUUUCCGCGAGUUUCUUAGCGUUUUUUUGGCACUCGGAGUUCUCUGCCAGACCUGGCUUAUAGUUGCCAAAAUUCCAACAAACACAAAACCCUAAGAGUUGAUUUGCUGCAUUUUCCACUUUUGCCGCAGGUACUUAGCAUUUUGCACUUUUUUCCUAGGCAAUGAUAAAGUCCAAACUGACCUCCGAGGAUGAUUUGCAGUCUGAUGGAUGGAUUCCCGUUUCCUUGCUCUGCCCCCUCGCACUUACCCGGAUCGAAGUGAGUCCAGGCACUGUCAGCUAUACUGUUGCGCCGUUAAUGUCAGCGUUUUCUGGCACGACCGUGACCUCUGACGGACCUUUUAGUGAGGACAAUUUAUCACACAAUAUUUUCACUAGAAGCCGAUAAUGUUCUGAAAAACGUCAUGCAGCUUCUUUUGGGGGUUUUUUAGGCAUACUACUGCUGGGUCACUCUAUAAUUUUAAAAGGCAUUUCUGCUGCGAAGUUUGUAGUUCUUGUAAACAUGAUUUGUUUUCGUGGUGUCGUGCGCACAGUUGCUUCUCAGCGGUAAUACUGGAAAUUCUUUACUAAUUUUGCGUUACCCCUUGACCCUGUAGAUUAAGUUUCCGCUCUAAUGCACUCCCUCUCGGCUCCUCUUCGCUCAUACAUGAUACACAUCAGUUUGACUCAAGUUCUUUAGAGGGUGCCGCGUUUCCGCCUUAUUUUGCGAGUCUAUCACUGUCUCCGGGGUACAGCGUCGCUUCGUUUAGAGAGAGGCAGACUUGUUUUGCCUCAACCCUCCAGCUCACUCCCCCGUGUUCAAAUGACGAGACAAAGUCAAGAUGACUAGAAAUGGCAUGGAGGCAGUGACUCCCCUUUCAUGCGUACUGCAAAGGGCCUAUGCAUAUCUUCCCAAGUACCAGACAUCAUAUUUAGAGGGCCAGGGAUCUCGCAUACAGUAGGUGGGCUAACUCAUGAAACGUCAGCGAAAAUUUCGAAAUGCCUUCUCGUUUCGAAAGGAUUAAUUAAAUAGGGUUGUAAAACUAAUCAUUAUGCAGCAUAAUUCUAUGAUAAUACUGUUACCUUAGGGUGCCGGCUUUCCAACGAACUUCUUUUGGGCUGCAUGCAAGAACUAUACUCUGCAAAAAAGGCUACAUAAAUAGCAUGCAUUUUUCUCAAUGAUUGUCGAUGCCCUUAAACAUUCGAUUGCAUUUCAUGGAAAACAUGCAUAAAAAUAUUCAUCCUUUUACUCAUUCAGUAGAAAAUCACGUCUUCUUCCAAUUUAAUACUCAAAGAAGAGUAUAAUUCGAUUUUAAAAAAACUUUUCUAAUUCCCGACUAAUUUUGAACCCGACCUGCUGUUGCACUUGCAUUCAGGGUUUCAAAACUACAUGCUGUAUAUUUUCCGUGUACGCUAAACCAUGCAUUUCUCUAUGGUGUUAAGAGGAGACCAUAUGAGGUUCAUAAAAUUAAGCAGUGGAUUUGAGCAAUAUUGUUAACUUUACAAGCCGCGCUGGUAAACGGAGAGACACGGCGUUUUAUGAACGCCAUUUCACGGUAUUAAAAAAUCUCACAAUUAGAAACUUUUUGAAACCGAGUUAUACCCCUCCUUCGAGUAUAAAGUUGGAAAAACUUAAUUUUCUACCGAAUAAGUAAAAUAAUGAAUAUUUUUAUUCAUGUUCUCCACGAUAUAUAAUUGAAUGUUUAAGGGCAUCGAAAAUCAAUGAGAAAAAUUCAUGCUUAUUAAGUGGUCAUUUUUGCAGAGUAUAGUUCUUGCAUGCAGCCGAGAAGAAGUUCAUUCAAAAGCCGGCACCCUGAGGUAACAGGAUUAUCAUAGAAUUAUGCUGCAUAAUGAUUAGUUUUACAACACUAUUUAAUUAAUCUUUUCGAAUCGAGAAGGCAUUUCAAAAUUUUGGCUUAUAUUUCAUGAGUUAGCCCACCUACUUUAAGUGAGAAGUGUAUUGAUGGCAUUAUGAAGAAACCUUUGGUUUCUGAGUAAAACCGAAUUACGUCUUUAUUUCGAUCUUCCCAAGUCAGGACGGCUAGCAUGUAUGACAGUUUCAAAGCGUCUUUUGGGUUCUUCGAAGUGAGGAAGGCAAGUGCCUGACUAGGACGGCAUAGACUCCACUUUCCCUCGCCGUAGCCAGUGAUUUAUUCAAGUCAAGCCGUUUUUGUCGUCGUGGUGGUCUGAGGAAUGUCCCUAUACAGAUGAUUAUUACUCCUUCUUCCUCUCGUCACCAGAAUUUAUGGUUGUUGUGAAGCGAUGCGGUUGUGGGGAUGUUGUUCGUCGCUAGUGAUAGCAUUUGGAUCUCUCAAGUCGGACGUAGGCGAUGACUCGGGGUUUCGUAAGGCGAGGAAGGUCCAGAUGUCGGCUGAUGCGUCCUAAAUCUAGGCCUUCCAGUCGAGAAACCUUUCAACGUAGAAUGAUCACCCGGCCAAUUUUGUGCGAUUUGACACGGAUUUGAUGGUAUGAGGAGACAGGUAAUUACAGACGGUCUCCAGAAAGUGAGCGCAUGGGAGGAACAACCUACAAGGGGAGCAUUUUAGUUAUUUUUUUUCGUUCGCGAGCGGUGGGUGUAAUUUUAUGGCCCUACAUGUGUACCCUGUCUCCUCUGCAGAUCCCUGUGCGCUCAGUGAACUGUGACCAUCUGCAGUGCUUUGAUCUGUCCUCCUAUCUGACGAUUAACAAGAAGCGUCCUCGGUGGUCCUGUCCUGUCUGCAGUUCGCCUGCCCCCUUCCGCGAUCUGCGACGCGAUGAGUAAGUACUUUUGCCACCGCCCACUCUGGCUACGUUGUUUAUUAGAUUGCGUACCUUACGUGCUAAUUUGUCAUAACCAUAGGAAAAUGGCAAUUUGUGCCCGGAUCAGCUGUUCUCGAACGUUUUAAUCAGGCGCCUGACCAAUUUGAUCAUGGCUCAGACCCUGUUGGGUGUCAUCGGGAAUUUUAAGACGCACGGGCGUGUCGUCCACCGGGUCCAUAGAUAAAGUGAUAUCGCUGGUUUCCCGUCUUGCAGUUAAAAUGCCAAUUCUUCUUGAACCAAAUUCACUUAUAGUUGUUCUGUUAAUCUCGAAUAUAAUGUACUAACUCAUGAGUACUGCCUUUUCGCGUCUCGGCGAAGGUGCUGUCCUGUUAUGGUCAGAGGCCCAUGCUUUCAUGUGGCCUUAAACUAGUCAAAAUGAGUUGUGACCAACACGUGGAAUAAGGCUGAACUUGAGUGAGAAUGAUAACAAUCACCUAGUGGCGGAGGAUUGGGGGUUUCUUUACUCCUCAACGCACUUAAGAAUUUGUUAACCUGGUUGGGCCGCCAACUGGCUGUGUGUUCAACCGAUGUACUUUCAUCCACGAAUUCGUGGAUCCAUUUGAUGUGGCGCGCAAAGAAAGCGCAUCCGUAAUUCUGUUUUAAUAAAGUGGAUUCCUUUGCUGGAAGUUGCUUUUUGUUCUAAUUUGAUGUUUUUCGGAGAUGUUCGUAUGCCAAGAAACUACUUACAGUAAACCUCAACUUUCUCUCUAAUGUUUGACGUUUAGGAAGAAGAAUCAUACCAUACACGAAACCAAGCGGCAUCACACAAAUUUAUGUUACUCCAAUCUGACACAAUAGGGCAGUAAUCUCAACUGUUUGGUAUUGUCAUGACAACUCUCUUUAGCAUCUAAUUAUACCUCGGGACUCCGCAUAAUUUCUCUCCCCUACACUGUUCGCCUCUUUAAGUUUCUUCGUCCAGCUGAUUGCCGAUGAGAGUCUCAAAGAUGCCGAAAUGGUCCACGUGGAUGCCAAUGGGCACUGGCGAAAGGCCUCUAAGCCCACCGAAAGUGAUUCUUCUGCUGCUGUAGCAGCCAAGGGAUCGAUUUCCGGAAUUCCUUCCGACAACUCGACUACCGUUGCUGUCCCCGCACAACUGGAUGAGACCUCUACGGUAUCGCCUUGCAUAUUGGAGUCGGAUUUCUCGUCCAGAUCGGUGGCGCCCAUAGAUCCUGAUGUCUCUCAAUCCAGUGACUGUGUCGUCCACCUUGACGACGGUAACGAUGACAACUACAAGGAGGGUGACACGACGCAACCGGAGCAGCCGACUUUUGCUCAUCCCACGUCUUUGAAUGAUUGCUGCAUUGCGUCCCCUCCCGCUGCCGUCACUGAUGAACAGCCAACUGAGCGUCCUUCUGCGGCGCUCGAUUCUGCACCGACGAAGUAGGCGGCUUUUUCCCAUCCUCCCUUGGUAACUUGUUCAGUGGCCAGUCAGUAUUGCCUUUCCAUUUGCAUGUCUUUUCGGAAAUGGUAGGUUGUAUGACCCCAAGGUAGAUCGUUAGCCAGUGAUCUGUCUUACAGGAAUGGUGGUUAUGGAGGAUUUUACAGGUAGGCCAGCAUGCGCGUAGGACGGGAGGUGAAAUCCAAGGAAAUGUAGAAAAUAAUUGAAUUUCGGCCGUCGAACUUAACGCACGCUGCUGCAUAGCAAAGGAAAGUUAUCUCGAUAAUCAACAAACAAAAAGCAAUUACUGAGAAAUAAGCCGCAGGUGGUAAUUUUACGUCUGGUCAGGCAACCAAGGCGAUUCCAGCCAAUAGGAACGACGAACGACAAGUCAUCUUUCCACUCCCACUGGUUUUUAGUGUACGCGUUUGUGUUGUCAGUGGACGAUAGCGAACCCAAAUCAGCCAAUCUCAAAAUGCAGCAUGAAGCCGGAGCAAUGCCAGUAUUAAAAAAUACUUUUACACGCUAUUAAAGAUACCUGGUGGAAAAGUACAGGAAGAUGUUUAAAAGGUAAAUUUACGGAAACAUAGUCUGCGUUAGGGCAACUGGCUAGAUAUAUUUUUUUCCGACGAGCCCUCUAUCUUUAUCAUAUUAUCUCGGAAUGCACACUACCUCAGCUAUUCAAUAUAUGUUAAUAUGUUAUUUUUCCUCCUUAAAUUGCAGACCAUCAGCCUCAGCAAAAAGGAAAACUACACCACGGGACCCUGGUCGACGUACGAAUACUGAAGAAGUAAUGGGAACUAUUAAUUCGGAGAAGAUUGUGGAGUACUGUCAGGCCAGGGGACUACUGCCAACGGUGCUAACCUGCCAAUGCAGAUACCAAAUGCGACUGCAAGUCAGGAAACGCAGCACGGACGGCUAUGUGUUCGGGUGUGCACGAUGCAGAAAGCGGAAAGCACUUAGAAGCGGCUCGGUGUUUGAGAGGAGCCGAUUAGCAAUCGGAACAAUCAUGAAGAUUCUGUUGGCCUUUUUGCGCGGAUCAAGGGUCUCUAAGUGCGAAGAAGAUGUUGGAGUGUGCCACACGACGGCUGUCGAAUGGUACGCCAUCUGUCGCAGCGUCUGCUCUGCGGCCCUCCUGAGGGAAACCGGUCAGAUUGGAGGUCCCGGAGUGGAAGUACAUAUUGACAAGACGCUUAUCAACCGUCGAAAUUACAAUGUUGGCGGACGCUGGAGACGAUGGUGGCUGGUCGGCAUGUAUGAUACGAAACGAAAGAAGGCCCUCUUUGAACAGGUUAACGAUAGGAGCUGGACGGCCCUGAUUUCCGUUAUAAGGAGGUGGGUGGCGAAAGGAAGUGUCAUCGUAACUGAUGACUGGAAGACGUACAAGCGUCUACCCUCGGAAGGAUAUAAACACUUCUCGGUGAAUCACUCGAGGAAUUCCAAAGACCCCACUACGGGCAAGUAUACGAACGCAGUUGAGGCGUACUGGAGCAGGUUAAAAAGAAAACUCCACGAAGGAGGCCCGGUGUCUGGCCCAGCGAUAUGGACACAUGUGGAUGAAGUACGGUACCGGUUGUGGUUUGGCCUGAACUCCAUGAGGCUAGAGAAAGCAUGGGAGAUUUUCCUGUCGCAUAUCGCGAAAGCCUACACAGUGCAGCAGCAGCCGACAUGUUAACGAAGGCGGUUUAUCCCUGGGCUGUGAACCAAUGUCUGUAUAUAAAAUUUUUUUGAGCCAACUGCCUUAUAAUUCCUUUGGCCUAAGUCCUGUUUGUAUAACUGUCAGGUACGCCGAGGUGUCUACACUCGCCCUGGUACAUAGAGAUGGUAGGACCGCUUCUCGAUUCUCUGAGCUAAGUUUAGGUUAAGUAAAUGCGGAAUGCAAGAUAGUAUCCACACUCGCCUCGAUUCCGAUAGGGGACCGUAGUGUUACGACCGCUUCUCGACUCAGUGAACUUAAGUUAGGAGAAGCGUGGGCUGGGUGCGGGGAAGUGUCUGGACCACCCUCGCUACAUGGAGUGUCUGAAUAACCUUAUGUUUUUACCUACUGAAAAAAAGUGUAGUAGAAAUUCAUGUGUGGGGCAACUUGCUUGAGGUCUUAGAAGCUACCGACAGCGUCUUUUCUUACGUACAAAGCGAAGUGAGCUGUCCACAAAAGUCCAUUCAGAAUAGGUACUACCGACCGGUAACUUCAGCAGUGACCACGAUAUUCGGCGGCUGUCACUCAGUCCGCAUGUACAGCUUUAUUCAUCCUUUCAUUUCCGACCACGUCGUUCUAGCCUGCUUGUCAAUCUGACUGCAAGCCCAGACGAGGAACCUGAUGUGACGAUGACACCUACCCCACUACUUUCCAAUCCCCAAACCUCGGUAGCACCGGCGCCAUAAUCGAUUUCGCCCACCACAAUGGAGAGCUGCAGUCUUCCGACGGUAAUUCCGUCCCCUCCCCUCGCGCGCUUCCAUGGGCACAGCACCACACCUGUACAACGUCGUCCCACGGCCCCUAAACCUUACCAGCCAUGCUACGCAACCUCCUCCCGCUCCUGAUACAGUUGUCAGCACCACUGGAACUUCAUAUUACCCGAAGGCAUUCCUACAUCAGACCAAGCCGAGCAUGGGCUGAAUUUCAAACUUUACUGUUCCCUCGUCUCUGACUGCUUCGAGUACUGUUGCCGCAAAAGUGGCAAGGGCGACGAUCGGGUACGUGACCCCGCUGAGAAAACGAAACAAGGGCUCCUGUAAUACAGGAAAGGUGGUAAUUGGGGUUUCUCCGGUGGAGUAACUUGAACUAAGAUACAGGUGGAUUCAAGAAGAGGGAGUACGCAAAAUGCACAUUUGAGCUUACAGCUUGCUUAAGUACACUAGAAAACGCAAAAACACGAGCAGAUUGCGAGAUGUAAACGAGCGAAAAGAGUAAAACAGUCCCUUUGGCAAGAUAUGGAAGACAAAUUAAUUCUACCCCCUGGUAACCGGUCAUAUUCAAGGAGAAAUUGUAAAAAUGUGUAUCAAUAGAUCCGACUGUCAUUAUUCCCGCGACCGACGGUUUGACUGAAAUUGAAGACGCCGAUAAUCCGGUGUAAAACUCUACGGUAAAUUUAUGGUGAAAUAAAUACCUGUACGCAGGAUGCGGACAUACUGCCAAAUGCUUCGUGAGUGUGCCUAGAAUAGUGUUUGUACAUAGACAGGUCGUGCAUGUGGCGAGCGCAGAAAAAGUCACUAGACCAUGUCCGUCACCGUGUCCAUUGCCCGCUGCAGUCAGCUGACCGGUUCGGACAGUGGCUGGGACCUGGGAAUGGGAAGGGAGAGUGGGGUCGACGACUCAGCGAACUUUCCUCACUAUGAACAAUCAGACGCGCUUGAAGAUAUCACGGUGCGCUAA